AGGGGGAAGUGACUCGGAGGCGCCCGGACGCCGCCGCGGGAGCCAAUCAGACGGCGUGACGUCAGUUUGGCGGGGAGUUUGGUGGCCGGGGCUUACUGUGGCGGGAGUUGGAGGCAAUAACUAGUCGUGUUCUGAGGGGCGCAAGAUACGAUUUUUGCUGAAGCUGGGGGGCAUUUUCACGGCUUUUCUGUCAGUUGAACCUUUUCCUCUGGCCCAGAUGCUCUUCAAUUCGGUGCUCCGCCAGCCCCAGUUCGGCGUCCCGAGAAAUGGAUGGUCUUCCCAGUACCCUCUACAGUCCCUUCUAACUGGUUAUCAGUGCAACUGUAAUGAUGAGCACACUUCUUAUGGAGAAACAGGAGCCCCAGUUCCUCCUUUUGGAUGUACCUUCUCUUCUGCUCCCAAUAUGGAGCAUAUACUAGCAGUUGCCAAUGAAGAAGGCUUUGUUAGAUUGUACAACACAGAAUCACAAGCCUCUAGAAAGAAGUGUGUCAAAGAAUGGAUGGCUCACUGGAAUGCUGUCUUUGAUCUGGCCUGGGUUCCUGGUGAACUUAAACUUGUUACAGCAGCAGGUGACCAAACAGCCAAAUUUUGGGAUGUAAAAGCUGGUGAGCUGAUUGGAACGUGCAAGGGUCAUCAGUGCAGCCUUAAGUCAGUUGCCUUUUCUAAGUUUGAGAAAGCUGUCUUCUGUACAGGUGGAAGAGAUGGAAACAUUAUGGUCUGGGACACCAGGUGCAACAAAAAAGAUGGAUUUUAUAGACAAGUGAAUCAAAUCAGUGGAGCUCACAAUACUUUAGACAAGCAAACUCCUUCAAAACCUAAGAAGAAACAGAAUUCAAAAGGACUUGCUCCUUCUGUGGAUUUCCAACAGAGUGUUACUGUGGUCCUCUUUCAAGAUGAGAAUACAUUAGUCUCAGCGGGAGCCGUGGAUGGGGUAAUCAAAAUAUGGGAUUUACGUAAGAAUUAUACUGCUUAUCGACAGGAACCCAUAGCAUCCAAGUCUUUCUUGUACCCAGGUAGCAGCACUCGAAAACUAGGAUACUCAAGUCUGAUUUUGGAUUCCACGGGAUCUACUCUGUUCGCUAACUGCACAGAUGACAAUAUCUACAUGUUCAAUAUGACCGGAUUAAAGACUUCUCCAGUGGCUAUCUUCAAUGGACAUCAGAACUCCACCUUUUAUGUUAAAUCAAGUCUUAGUCCAGAUGACCAGUUUUUAGUCAGUGGCUCAAGUGAUGAAGCUGCCUACAUCUGGAAGGUCUCCACACCCUGGCAUCCUCCUACUGUGCUCCAGGGUCACUCUCAAGAGGUCACAUCUGUGUGCUGGUGUCCAUCAGACUUCACAAAGAUUGCUACCUGCUCUGAUGACAAUACACUGAAAAUCUGGCGCUUGAAUAGAGGCUUAGAGGAGAAGUCAGGAGGAGAUAAACUCUCUUUAGUGGGCUGGGCCUCUCAGAAGAAAAAAGAAGCCAGAGCUGACCUAGUGACAGUGACAAGUAGCCAGAAUACUCCUGCCAAAGCUCCCAGAGUAAGGAGCAGUCCAUCCAUUUCUUCCCCAUCAUCAGCAGCUUGUGCUCCAAGCUGUGCAGGAGACCUCCCUCUUCCUUCAAAUACUCCUACAUUCUCUAUUAAAACACCUCCUGCCAAAGCCCGGUCUCCUAUCAGCAGAAGAGGCUCUGUCUCCUCCGUCUCUCCGAAGCCACCCUCAUCCUUCAAGAUGUCCAUUAGAAACUGGAUGACCCGAACACCAUCCUCAUCACCGCCCAUCACGCCACCCGCUUCUGAGACCAAGAUCACAUCUCCAAGAAAAGCCCUCAUUCCUGUGAGUCUGAAAUCAUCCCAAGCAGUGGCUUGCUCAGAGUCUAGAAAUCGAGUAAAGAGGAGGCUAGACUCAAGUUGUCUGGAGAGUGUGAAACAGAAGUGUGUAAAGAGUUGCAACUGUGUGACUGAGCUUGAUGACCCAGUUGAAAAGCUUCACUUGGAUCUCUGUUGCCUUGCUGGUAACCAGGAAGACCUUGGUAAGGACUCUCUAGGUCCCGCCAAACCAAGCAAGAUUGAAGGAGCUAGUAUGAGUAUCUCAGAGCCUCCUUCUCCCGCCAGUCCUUAUGCUUCUGAAAGCUGCGGAACACUACCUCUUCCUUUGGGAUCUUGUGGAGAGGGGUCUGAGGUGGUAGGCAAAGAGAAUAGCUCCCCAGAGAAUAAAAACUGGUUACUGGCCAUGGCAGCCAAACGGAAGGCUGAAAAUUCGUCUCCGCGAAGUCCAUCCUCCCAGACCCCCAAUUCCAGGAGACAGAGCGGAAAGACUUCUCCAGGCCCGGUCACUAUUACUCCCAGCUCCAUGAGGAAAAUCUGUACAUACUUCCAUAGAAAAUCCCAAGAUGACUACUGCAGUCCCGAACAGUCAACAGAAUUAUAGAUUCUAAUCUGAAGAAAAUCCUUUCAACUCUGAAGUUUACCUGCUCUGGUUCUACUACCAUAGCUUAUAUGCAGCUUCCUUGGGAUGAAUGCUGUGUUUAAUUCCAUAAAGUAAGUUUAUCACUCUGUAACUUUUUGAAUGAGUAGUCUUCACUUUUUAAAUUAUGCCUCUUCUCUACAAUAAUGACAUCCUAGUUCGUAGAGACAGAAAGCAAGACUUGUCUCUUGUUACUCUGAGACUGAGGGUGCACAGUGGAAAGUAUCUGCGGGUCACAGCAGGAGGCCUGUCUGUGAAGGCCGGUUGCUGAAGAAGUCUUCUGCUCCGGACCUCUGGUUCUGUGCUGCCUCAAAUAUAGUUUCAUUUAAAAUUUAUAUAAUCUUUUCACUACACUUUUGGGAGUUUUUUGUUUUGUUUUUUUAGUAUGUGUAAAAAUGUGAUAUUCAGAUAAGUGCAUUUAUCUUGAUUCAGUGUUCAGUGUUAAAAUACAGUCUCUUAAGUUAAAAUCAUCUUUAUUUUAAGAGCAGUGAUAACUAUCAACUCUUUGGAGAAACUAGGAGAAUAACACUAGAAACUUUACUUGUCUUUUUUCCCCCAAAUAUAAUCUCUCACAUGAGACUUAAGGUCUUCUGUUUUCACUAAGCAAUUUACUAUGGUACCAACUCAACAUCAUGUUCUAUAAGAGGUUAUAAUUUUUGCCAUUUAUUAGACAAAGAUAUUUAUAAAAUCAAUAGUCAUACAUUCAAGUUGGGGUUUGAAUUCAACUUGAAUUCAAUUCUCUAGGGGCUGCAACUUUUUAAAAAUGUAAGUCAUUGAAUUUAAGAAAAAGUAAUAAUUUCUUACUGAUAUUUUAAUAAAAGAACAUAGCUCCGAACUGAAAAUCCAGAACCUAAAAAAUAAUUCUUGGCUUUAGCUUCAUUUUUUGGAUUCUCUUCAUAUACAUAAAAAAUAGUAACCUUCUAGUAUAGCCCUGAGCUGAAAAGUCCUGGAAAUUUCUCUGAAUAUUUAAUAUAGAAGAUGUUUAGAUUGAUUCUAAGUUAAAAAUGUGCAAAAUAUUUUGAACAUCUUCCCUUUAGUCAGCAGUUACAUAUCAAUCAUCUUGAAAUGAACUGUUGUUUUCUACUUUUCUCCUUUAUAACCUCAGAGACACAAGCUCCGUGUACCCUCUAUGUACUAUGUCCUUGGAAGGGAAUCCCCUAACAAUCAUGAAACUUGAUUCGUUUUAUCCAUAUCCCUAAGAAAUAUGUAGAUUUUAUUCAUAUUUUUGUCAUAAUUUAAAAAUCUUUUCUUAAUGACAAAUUUUAAUUCCUUUGAUUCCUCUAAGUUAAGCUUGUACCAACCACAACUACGUAUCUGAAUUAAACAUGGAUUCUCCUUGGUUUUAUGCAAGGAGUGGAAUAAAGAGAAGCCACAGAAUUGCUGUUUUUGAAACAAAGCACUCCACAGCAUUAACUGAAUAUUUAGAAUCUCUGCUUAUAAUUGGUGUUUGAUUUUUUAAUGUUAGGCUGUGGAAAGGUGUUAUUUAUGACCAUAUCUGCUAAUAAUGCUACUUAUCUCUUGCUUUGAAAGCCAGAGGGGUGGGGUGGGGAAAAGCUAAAGUAGGUAUUAUAUUCUUUGUAUCCUUGAACAUCUCCUAACAGCUCUGCUGCGUAAAAUUGGGGUAAAUGUGGCUGACAGAAACUGUGCUGAGAGUCUACUGGCUGUAACAUGUCCCACUUGGAAAACUAGUACUUCAAAUGGGUGCCAAAGGUCAAAUGUAAUGAGAUAAUAAUUAUUCCUGCCUCUGUCAGUGUCAGACUUUGAGCUGAUCCUGAAUAAUAAAGCCUUUUACCUUAUCUGGCAUCCUUUUCUGAGCUUUUUGCAUUAACCUAGAAGCAGUCUACACAAAAGAACUAUAGUAGUAAUCAAGAAUACUUUCUACUUCUUCAUUGAGUAAAAUUGUUUAUUCCCAAGGAUAUGAUCUAGUUCAAGCUGAAAGAGGUUUUAAUAAAAUACGUCUUGCUUGGUCGGACCUUGAGUGUUUAAGAUGGCUUGGAUUACUUGAUGAAGUAGGGUGGAGUGAUGUAGUUCUUUUUCUAAACAAGUAUUUCCAGCCCAAGCUUUUCCAUUUGAAUACACUCCAAGCGUUAUUGCUACAGUGCUGUAUUAGAGUUUCCUUUGGCUGUUUCAACACAGGCCCUUAAUUUACUUUUGUGAGGGUUGACUAAUUAGUCCUUUAAAAUGUUUCCUUUAAUCUGGGCUGCCCAUUUAACUGAUGAUAAAUCGAGACCAUCUGUAGCUACCCCUGCAGGAUUGGCAGAGGGCGAGUUCAGUUCACCACCCCAUCUCCAGCCCCAAUAGCCUAAAACUUCACUAAGACUUUUGGAACACCCUGUAUAGGAAUCAUUUUUUAAAUCCUCAGCUGUGCAAUAUGGAUGCCUGGAGAUAACUUCCUAAAAGUUUGUGUGUGUAUGUUGCUCUAUCCCCCAGCUUAGAAUAGCCUAUGUCAUGAUCUUGUAUAGGUCACAUAUCAGGGCAACAUGUGCUUUUUGAGAGCCUAUCACAGCAGACAAACUGCCCCUCUCGGGUCUGUUUCUCUGCUUUUCUUAGUCCCAAGAGGGUCUGGACUUCCUUUCACACUGCUCUUAAAGCAAAGGCCAAGGAGUCUCAUAGAAUCAGUUCCACAACUAGGUAGCACGCACAUUUUACAGAUGUGCAGCAGAAGAGAGACGGGGUGAGAAUGUCAUGCUGGGAAGACCGAGUUGUUGUCUUCCUUAAGGCAGUUAAAGGGCUGAAUGUGGGCCCCAUGAGCUCUUGCUCAGCAAGUCUCACUACUUCUCAACAGGUCUUCAUAGGAGAUUCUUUGGCUGCCCCAGGUUUGGAUCAAGCCACAUCAUGAAAUAACCAGUCUUUAAAUUCUUGGGAAUUACGGAAAACCCUGCUUUAUGCAUUAGCCCUUUAGGUACUGGUUGAAAGUUAUAGGGAGGCCAGACACAACAAUAUGUUGGACAUGAGGUGAGUCUAAUGCUUCAUUAGAUCCGAUGCUAGGAAUACAGGCCCAGCUUGUGAUAAGGGAUCCAUUUCAUUGUCUAAAGUGGUAGAAAAACCUGUUUUAUUUCUGAGCUAUGUUUGAGUGCCUGCUAAGAACCACAAGGGUCGUUAGGGAAUGAUAUAGGGGAAAGUCAACCUUUUCAAAAAAUCACCUGAGCAGGGGCGCCUGGGUGGCUCAGUGGGUAAAG